GGCUGGGCUCAGGCCCGCGUCUCUGCCUGGAGGCUGCUGGGUAGGGUCCCGCGUGGGGAUCAGCCGGGAUGGGCUGUGCGUCUCCAGCCUCUGCACACACUUUGGGGGGUGGGGUGCGGGGGUGGAGAGGCAGGGGAGAGAGGAUGGCAUCUCGCGUGGCGGGCUGUCGUUUGAACUCUCCCGGCGCGAGAGGACCUGCCCCGCCCCCUUCCUGGAGCGUUGACCCCCUUCUCGUCCCGAGGCCUGUGGCGUCUGGGUCCGUUGGGGCAGAACCAUGGAGGAAAAGCCUUCGAAAGUGUCGCUCAAGUCUUCCGACCGCCAUGACUCGGACAAGGAGAGCGUGCACAGCGACAUUCGGGACCUGUGGACCACGACCACGCUGUCCCAGGCACAGCUGAACAUGCCGCUGUCCGAGGUCUGCGAGGGCUUCGACGCGGAGGGCCGCAGCAUUAGCAAGACCCGCGGGUGGUACAGUCCGGGGAGCCGCUCGUUGGACCUAGGGGACAAGGCCAGCCACAAGCCGGAGGAAAUGGACGAGCACGCGCUGGUGGAGCUAGAGUUGCACCGCGGCAGCUCCAUGGAAAUCAAUUCGGGGGAGAAGGACACCACAUCCCAGAUCGAGGCCGAAAAGUCUUCCUCAAUGUCAUCGCUCAAUAUUGCGAAGCACACGCCCCAUCGAGCCUACUGGGCAGAGCAGCAGAGCAGGCUGCCGCUGCCCCUGAUGGAACUCAUGGAGAAUGAAGCUCUGGAAAUCCUCACCAAAGCCCUCCGGAGUGAGCUCCCCGCCAACCCCCAAGAGCUACCACGACAGAUUCUGGCUACCAGUUAGGGAUCGGCAGGGACCACUUCCUGACUAAGGAGCUGCAGCGAUACAUCGAGGGGCUCAAGAAGCGCCGGAGCAAGAGGCUGUACGUGAAUUAAAAACGCCACGUUGGGCUCCAGCAGCGACCCGAACCAGCCCUGUGCCUGCCCGGUCCCCAGACCCAAGCCCGAACCCAUCCGAGUGGAAUUUGAGUCCUAAAGAAAUAAAAGAGUCUAUGCAUGGU